AUGGCACCUUCAAAACCUCCAGAUAAAAUAGGAGAAAAUAGCAACGAAAUGUCUAAGGAAUACAAAAAACUAUUAGAUAAAAGAGAGGUAAUGAUACGCGCAUUACAGCAUCACGAAAGAAAGGUAAAAGACCUCAUUGCUGAUACGACUCAGGCAUCAAUUUUAGCCAGAUUAAACCAGUUAGAAGGAGUAAAACAGAAAUAUGAUAAUGUAAUGGAACGUUUGGAGGAGCAUAGAGAAUUUGAAUAUUCACAUUUGGAAAUUUCAAAUGAAGAUAUAUGUGAUAUAUAUAUUGAAAUUGUCGACAAACUAACAAGACGUACAAGUUCAAAUGAUUCAUUAUUACUCAAUUCAUCGUUGGCUAAUAAAAGUGCUCAAUUUCAAGAGAUUAAAUUACCUCGUAUUUCGAUUCCAACAUUUUCCGCUGAAGACCAGUUAGAAUGGUCAUCAUUUCAUGAUGCAUUUUUUUCCUUAAUUGAUCAAAAUCAAAGCAUAUCAGAUGUGGCCAAAUUACACUAUUUAAGAUCAUCUUUAUCAGGCCCAGCAUUAAAAUUAAUCAGCAAACUACCAAUCACAGACGUGAAUUAUAAAAUUGCAUGGAGAUUAUUAUGCGAUCGGUUUAAAAACAAACGAAUUAUCGUCAAUGCAUGCUUAAAUUCUUUUAUAAAUCAGCCACAAAUAAAGUUUCAAAGUGCAGAAGCGAUUCGUUCCUUAAUUGACACCACCGAAAGCGCUAUAAGAUCAAUUGAGACAUUAGAAAUUAAGAUCGAUGAAUGGGACCCAUUUUUGGUGUUUAUUCUUCAAUCAAAGUUGGAUAAAGAAACAGCCAAAAAUUGGGAAAUGCAUUUAGGAGGAUCCACAAACAUACCAAAUUAUACAGAAAUGAUUACCUUUUUAGAAACACAAUAUCGCAUUAUGAAUAACACGUUGGAGUUGUCGGGCGUUGUCAAGGAAUCAUUUAUCGUUAAACAGUCUACGUCAAAAUCACAUGAAAGCAAAAAGGAUUUCUGUCCAGUUUGCAAAAAUGACCAUUAUAUCCUUUAUUGCGAAAUUUUCGAUAAGUGGUCAAUCGCCAAUAAAAAGGAGUUCAUAAAAGAGAAAGAGAAAAAAAAGAAAUGCAAUGGUAAACACAGCACCAAAUUACAUGAAGAUAGCGUCUUGCAUAUUAAUGCACUAGCCACAACAAAAGACAAAAAAUUACUCGCAAAAUUCAUUGUUAAAGUAAAGGAUAAAUUUGGUAUUUCCCAUAUGAUUCGUGGAGUGGUAGAUAACUGUUCAGAAGGAACUGCAAUUUCAGAGAAAGCAGCUCAAUUACUUCAUUUACCACGCAAACGUGUACACAUUCCUUUGACUGGCGUGGAUGAAAUUUCACUUGGAAAGCAAUGGAAAUACUUGAAUGAAUUGCCUUUAGCAGAUCCUGAAUUUGAUGAGCCAAAUGAUAUCGAUUUGUUAUUUGGGUUAGACAUUUAUGCGAUAAUUCUUGAAGAAGGUUUGCGAAAAGGACGCCUGCAUGAGCCUAUCGCUCAAAAUUCAUUAUUAGGUUGGUUAUGUUUCGGUCCCGCGUGCAAGAAAUCUGAUUUCAGUAUUCGUAUUCAUUCGACUUUUCUCGAGGAGAAUUUAAAGCGUUUUUGGGAAAAUGAAGAGGUUGAAAUUACUCCAAUUUUAACAGAAGAACAUCAAAAAUGCUUGGAUUUUUGUAAAGAAAACACGAAAAGAUUACCAAGUGACCACAUUGAAACGGCAUUUCCGUUUAAAAUGAACCCAAAAAGUGAAAAUUUUCUAGGCGAUUCGAGAAGAAUGGCACUAAGAAGAUUUUUUCAUUUAGAAAAGAAAUUCCAAUCGAACUCUGAGUUUUACGAGCGUUAUAAAGCAGAUAUUUUGAGCUAUCUUGAAUCAAAUCAUAUGAGUUUGAGUAAAUCACCAGCAAACGAGGGUUAUUACUUGCCCCAUCAUGCAGUAAUACGUGAAGAAAGCACAACCACAAAACAACGUACAGUUUUUGAUGCAUCAGCAACAACUACAAAUGGUUUUUCUCUCAAUGAUAGGUGCUUGAAUGGCCCAACAAUUCAACCAGAAUUGUUUGAUAUUUUCACUCGAUGGCGUACGCACAAGAUCGCAUUAGUAGCUGACAUUGAAAAAAUGUAUCGGCAAAUUCGUAUGGAUCCCGAGGAUCGAAAAUACCAGAAGAUUCUCUGGAGAUUUUCCAAAGACGAGCCGAUUCAAACUUAUGAAUUGAAUACUGUUACCUUUGGCGUCAAACCAGCACCAAUAAUGGCAAUUUUUUCGACUUUUUUUUUGGCUGAUGAGGCAAAGAGUCAAUUUCCAUUAGCAUCCGAGAGCAUUAAAAAGGAUUUUUAUGUGGAUGACUGUCAGAGCGGCAGUUAUUCUACAUCAUCUGCAAAAGCAUUGCAAACUGAACUGAAUGCACUCUUUUCAUCAGCACACAUGACUCUUCGUAAAUGGGCUGCUAAUGAUCAAGCUGCAUUAGAAGGCAUUCCACCGGAAAAUAGAGCAAUUUCUCCCUCUUUAACACUCAAAUUCGAUGAAAGCAUAAAAACAUUGGGAAUGAGAUGGACACCGGCAACAGAUAAAAUACAUUUCACCAUUGAUUUAUCGAGAUUUAAUCAAAAUGAUAAGGUAACAAAACGUCAACUUUUAUCAGACGCUUCGAAGCUUUACGAUCCACAUGGAAUUUUGAGCCCGAUUACAAUAAAAGCAAAAAUAAUGAUGCAAGAACUUUUCAAAAGUCACACUGACUGGGAUAGUCUUGCCCAUGAAGAAAUUCAAGUUGAGUGGAAAGUUUAUCGUGAAGAAUUGGGCAUUAUUAAGAACAUAAAGAUUGAUCGAUGGUUUCAAUCAACGCCAUAUUCAUCAAUUUUUUUGCAUGGAUUUUGCGAUGCAUCCGAAAGAGCAUAUGCAGCUGUAAAUUAUUUAGUGCAAACUACAUGCAAUAUUACAACAUCCAUAUUAGUGUGCUCAAAAACGAAAGUGGCUCCAAUUGAUCCCUGUUCGAUUCCUCGUUUAGAGCUAUGUGGUGCUUUGUUGUUAACUCGGUUAAUGAAUCGAAUUGCAAGCAAUUUAAAAGUAACAAGGGAGAACGUUUAUUUAUGGACAGAUUCCUCGAUAGUGUUAACUUGGCUCCAAUCACACGCAUCUCGUUGGAAAGUUUAUGUCGCACAUCGUGUAAAUGAAAUUCAGACUUUAUUCCCAUCGAAAUAUUGGCGUCAUGUUCGCACACAUGAUAAUCCAGCUGACAUUGCUUCAAGAGGUGCAUUGCCAAGUCAACUCAUAAACAAUGAACAAUGGUUCCACGGUCCAUCCUGGUUGGUCUCACUUGAGAAGGAUUGGCCAAAAGCAAUACCUAUCCUUUCGCCACAACUCAACACAGAAGAACGAGUGCAUGUAAACGUCAUUCAUACACAGCCACAAGAAAUAGAGCUUUUAUUGAGAUUUUCAGAUUUAACUCAUCUUUUGCGUGUCACAGCUCGCUUGUUUCGAUUUAUAAAUCAACAUAUUAUUCGCAAAGAGACGUUGACAUAUACCAAAGAAUUCGUAACAUUUGCAGAACUGCGUAGAGCGAAAGAUAUGUGGGUUAAAUACAUUCAAUCGCGUUGCUUUGAUGAAGAAAUAUCAAGUGUUAAUUCAAAAGGAUUUGUUAAUGAGAAAAGUAAGCUAAAGUCACUUAACCCAACACUCAUAAAUGGCAUUUUAGUUGUGCAAGGCCGAUUAGGACGAGCGAAUCUCCCCGAAAGGCAAAAAUUUCCUGCUAUUUUGCCUGCAAAAAGCCAUUUUACUCAACUCGUCAUUAAUCACGCUCACAAAACUAUGUUACAUGGGUCGAUUCAUCAAACUUUAGCUCGUGUGCGUCAAGAAUUUUGGGUUUUGAACGGUCGCAAUGUUGUGAAAUCGUUUAUUCACCGCUGUAUCACAUGUUUCAAACAAAAACCAAAGCCAAUCGAUCAGUUAAUGGCACCUUUACCCACAAUUAAGACUCAACCAGCACGAGCGUUUAUUCAUUGUGGUUUGGACUUUGCAGGUCCAAUUGGAAUAAAAAAUUCAGGCAAGAGAAAUGCCAAUUGUGUGAAAGGUUACAUUUGUGUUUUUGUAUGCAUGGUUUCAAAAGCAGCCCAUUUAGAGCUCGUCGGCGAUCUAAGUACACAAAAGUUCAUUCUAGCGUUACGCCGCUUCAUAUCACGCAGAGGCAUUCCAAGCGAUAUCUAUUGCGAUAGAGCUGAAUCGUCGGUGACAUCAGAAAUUGCCAAUAUUUUCGCGGCUGAUGGCAUAACUUUCAAUUUUAAUCCCCCAAGCGCUCCGAGUUGGGGUGGCCAAUGGGAAUCAUUCGUGAAACUCACAAAACAUCAUUUGCGCCGAAUGUCUACGCCAACAAAGUUUACUUGGGAAGAAAUGAGCUCACUAUUGUGUCAGAUAGAAGCUUGUUUGAAUUCAAGACCCCUUAGUGCCUUAACUACAGACAGUAAUGACUUGGAUCCUCUCACCGCUGGCCAUUUGUUAAUUGGAGAUCCGCUUAAUAUGAUCCCUGAGCCAAGUUUAUUAGCAUUGAAAGACACAACGCUUGAUCGUUUCCAAGCUAUUCAAAAAAAUGUUCAGAUUUUUUGGAAGCGUUUUUAUAUAGAAUAUCUUCACAAUUUUCAACCUCGGCAAAAAUGGCAAUCGAUAAAAGAAAAUCUUGCGAUUAACGAUCUUGUUGUAAUUAUCGAAGAUAACAUGCCGCCUGCGAAGUGGCUUAUGGCCAGAGUUAUUCAAGUUCAACCGAGCACCGAUGGACUUGUUCGUGUAGCGAAGCUAAAAACAAAGAAUGGAGAAAUGCAACGCCCAAUCACAAAAUUAUGUCGCUUGCCGCUGGCCCGGGAGAAUGUUGCAGAUGCAACAACAUAG